AUGGUGGUAAGCUUCGUAGGCAUUGGGCCCUGUAUUCCGGUGCUUGCCCAAGAAGAUUCUCUUCAAGUAUCAACCAUCGAUAGGUCUACGUUAGACGGGAAACUAUUCGUCGGAUACCAGGCGUGGUUCCGGAAGCCGUUUGAAGAUAACGGAAACUCGCACUGGACAACAGACACACCGACACCUGAGGUUGGACAUGUCGGUGUUGACAUGGUACCUAAUAUCACGGGAUAUCCAGAAGAGUGCCUCUUCGACACCUCGUUUAGUCUCCCAAACGGUAAACCCGCACAGUUCUACACGAACGACUGCGAGGGGAUCGUGGACCUACACUUUAACAUGAUGGCAAACUACGGUAUCAGCGGCGCUUUCAUCCAAAGGUUCUAUGGCUAUAUCAACGAAGCGAACGGAGGCUGGGUUAACAUCCUGAACUAUGCUAAAACAGCCGCCGAGAAAUAUGGGCGCGGGUUCGUGAUCGAAUACGACCUUAACGGUGCAGCAACGGGUUCCACAAACGUCACCGAUACGUUUUUAGCAGAUCUAGAAGCUCUCGCCUCUAUCACCUCAUCGCCAGCCUACAUGCAUCAUAACGGAAAGCCCGUCCUUGAGAUAUGGGGUUUUGGCAUAGUGACCUCGGUCACCGUGGACGACGGAAUCGCAAUAGUAACAGCGCUGAAGAAUGCAGGUUGGUAUGUGAUACUCGGAGUCCAACAAGCGUGGCACGCAGAGCUGGCCGCGGACCAGCCUGGCGGGUUCGGACCAGUCUACAAGCUGGCGAAUAUGAUACAGCCCUGGACUGUAGGAGCUUACGACAUCAACAACUACGACGAUUUCCACGACGGAAGACAGGCCGUCGAAGACAGAAACGCAUUGCAGCAGCUAGGAUUGGAUAGCAGUAUCGUCGUGUGGCCAGGAGGCUCAAGCAGUAAUGCGAACCCAAGCGAGGCGUUUGAUCACUUCCCUAGGUGGAACGGCACGUUCUAUCAAAAGCAAUUAGACGGUGCUGUCAGCUUAAAGCCUAAUUUUAUAUUCGGUGCGAUGUUUGAUGAGGUAAAUGAAGGAACGGCGAUAUUCCCUUUGCUAAGGACUAGGGAGUUACCUACCAAUCAACGGUUCCUAGGGAUCGACGACGAUAUGGAACCGGAUAUCUAUCUACAGAAGGCCGGAGAUGCAGCAUCGAAAUUGGCGAUGGCUUGGUAG